AUGCUACACCAAAACAUCAUUCUCUCUCUGUUAGCAAAAUGCAAAAAUAUGAAUGAAUUGAAAAAAUUGCAUGGGCUAAUAAUCACAACCCCAACAAUUAAAAGCAUAAUUCCCUUUAGCAAGCUUAUUGACUUCUGUGUGGAUUCAGAAUUUGGGGACAUCAACUAUGCAUACUUAGUAUUUCGCCAAAUUGAUGUCCCCAGCGUUUACAUUUGGAACUCCAUGAUGCGAGGUUAUGCUAACGGUCACAAUCCAAGAAUGUCUAUGCUUCUGUACAGACAAAUGAUACAAAAUGGGUAUUCCCCAGAUCAUUUUACUUUCCCAUUUGUACUCAAAGCAAGUUGUGUGGUUUCUGAUCAUGAUUGUGGAAAAUGUAUUCACAGCUGCAUAGUUAAAUCUGGGUUUGAAGCUGAUGCCUAUGCUGCUACUGGGUUGCUCCAUAUGUAUGUGUCAUGUGCAGAUAUGAAGUCAGGGUUGAAGGUGUUUGAUAAUAUUCCCAAGUGGAAUGUGGUAGCUUGGACUUGUUUGAUUGCUGGGUAUGUGAAUAAUAAUCAACCAUGUGCAGCUUUGAAAGUGUUUGAAGAUAUGGAUAAUUGGGGUGUAGAGCCCAAUGAAAUCACCAUGGUGAAUGCUUUGGUUGCCUGUGCUCGUGGUAGAGACAUUGAUACCGGACGACGGGUCCACCAACGUGUUCGUAAGGCUGGUUAUGAUCCCUUUAUGUCCACAUGUAACUGCAACAUCAUUCUGGCAACUGCAAUUCUUGAAAUGUAUGCUAAAUGUGGUAGGUUGAAGACUGCAAGAGACCUGUUCGACAAAAUGCCUCGCAGAAACAUUGUUGCUUGGAACACCAUGAUUAAUGCCUACAACCAGUAUGAGAGGCAUCAGGAGGCGCUAGAUCUCUUUUUUGAUAUGUGGGAUGCUGGCUAUUAUCCAGAUAAGGCUACCUUUCUGAGUGUCUUGAGUGUUUGUGCUCAUCAGUGUGCUCUGGCAUUGGGACAAACUGUUCAUGCUUAUCUAUUGAAAACCAACUUUGCAACAGACAUUGUCCUUGCAACUGCUCUUCUUGACAUGUAUGCCAAGACCGGUGAGAUAGGAAGUGCACAGAAGAUUUUUAGUAGUUCGCAAAAGAAAGAUGUGGUAAUGUGGACUAGCAUGAUCAACGGUUUGGCUAUGCAUGGUCAUGGAAAUGAAGCAUUGAGUACGUUUCAAAAAAUGCAAGAGGAUAGUUCUCUAGUCCCUGAUCAUAUUACGUACAUCGGAGUUUUAUUCGCAUGUAGUCAUGUUGGACUGGUUGAAGAGGCUCAAAAACAUUUUAAACUAAUGACAAAUAUGUACGGUAUAACGCCGGGAAGAGAGCAUUAUGGUUGCAUGGUUGAUCUUUUGAGUAGGGCAGGUCAUUUCAGAGAGGCAGAAAGAUUAAUGGAGACAAUGAAGGUACAACCAAAUAUUGCCAUAUGGGGUGCUCUUUUAAAUGGCUGCCAGAUUCACGAAAACUUGGGUGCUGCCAAUCAAGUGAAAGUACGAUUAACAGAGCUAGAACCUGGUCAAAGUGGAGUUCAUGUUCUUCUAUCUAAUAUAUAUGCUAAGGCUGAAAGGUGGGAAGAGGUAAAUUUGACUAGAAAAUCUAUGAAGCAUAAAAGGAUUACAAAGACAAUAGGUCAUAGUUCAGUUGAAAUGAAGCUGUCAACCUAA